AUGAAUAACGCUCUAAAUGGAUCUGGAGGUCCGGUACCAUUGAUGACUGCAUUGAACACAGAGUCUCAAAUACAUUUGAUCAUUGGAACUAAUUCUCUGGCUGCUUCACGGUGUGCGAAGAGCCUCCAGACCGGCGCAAAGCCUGUUAUCAUUGCGCCGGAGACGGCGGACGUGCACUUCACUUUGGCAGAGCAAAUUGCCAAUGGAUAUGUGCAGUGGACUCGUCGUGAAUUCCAAGAAGAUGACUUGACAAGCUUGGGCAGAGAGGAGAUUGAUAGGGUUGUGGAUAUGGUCUUUGUCACUUUGAGUGGUAACCACACACAAGGGGUUGAAAUAUCCAGACUUUGCCGGCGUCUUAGAAUCCCCGUCAAUGUGUCAGAUGCUCCCGAGCUGUGCUCAUUUACAUUAUUAUCUACUUACUCUGAUGGGCCCCUCCACGUCGGAAUCACAACGUCUGGCCGUGGAUGUAAGCUUGCAUCUAGAUUAAGACGGGAGAUUGGCGCUUUUUUGCCAGUCAAUCUUGGAUCAGCUAUUGAUAGACUCGGCGCUGUGCGACGACGACUUUGGGAGGAGGACAAGGCGGCUGGGCUGUGUGAUCUCGCUAUUGAGGGCGACGAUGACGAUAUAACAGGCCAAAGGCACACAUUCAACAAUUUGGUCACGGAGGGAGACUCAGAGGCUGCAAAAACAAGACGUAUGCGCUGGCUCUCACAGAUCUGCGAAUACUGGCCGCUUCGCAAACUCGUCUCAAUCACCGAUGAGGAUAUCGAUACAAUAUUAAAGGCAUACUCAUCUGGCAAAAGUGACACAGUAGUGGCCAGCGGAGACGAUAUCAUAUCAAAGAAAGGUAAAAUCGUGCUCGCUGGCUCUGGUCCUGGUCAUCCUGACCUCCUGACCCGCGCCACAUUUAAUGCAAUCCAGAGUGCGGACAUUAUCCUGGCUGAUAAGCUGGUCCCAGCUGGAGUUCUGGACCUGAUCCCUCGCAGAACAGAGGUUCGCAUUGCACGAAAGUUCCCUGGCAAUGCCGACCAGGCACAGGAAGAGUUCCUACAAAUGGGCCUCGCAGCUUUGCAGAAGGGAAAACAGGUGCUUCGACUGAAGCAGGGAGAUCCAUACCUGUAUGGUCGUGGAGCAGAGGAGUUUGAAUUCUUCCGUAACUACGGAUAUGCUCCGGUCGUGCUACCGGGUAUCACCAGCGCCAUGAGUGCAGCAUUAUUUGCCGAUAUUCCGGCGACACACCGCGGAGUUUCAGACCAGGUUCUCAUCUGCACCGGGACUGGCAGGAAGGGUGCUGCUCCAAACCCACCAGCCUAUGUAUCCACUCAGACUGUGGUCUUUCUGAUGGCUCUUCAUCGGUUGUCUGCUCUUAUUGAAUCUCUGACCACGUACCAUGUGGACGAGCAGUCGCGGUCACGGCAGCUCUGGCCAAAGGAGACGCCAUGUGCGAUUGUAGAACGGGCAUCUUGCCCGGAUCAGCGUGUUAUUCGUACGACUUUGGAGAAUGUCUGCAUUGCAUUUGAGGAAACAGGCUCCCGGCCACCUGGCCUGCUGGUAGUUGGUGCCAGCUGCCAUGUCCUUCACAAUGCUGAUGAUCAGAAAUGGGCCAUUGAAGAGGGAUUUCACGGCUUGGACGAGCUACAUAAUGAGCUGGACACGGUGAAAGUUAUUGGUGAAGAGAAUUGA